AUGUGCGAUCUUCUCUGGUCGGACCCGGAGGAGGUGCCGUCGUGGGCGGUGUCGCCGCGCGGCGCCGGCUACUUGUUUGGCGAGGCCGAGACGCAGAAGUUCUGCCGCCGCAACGACAUCUCGCUCAUUGCGCGGGCGCACCAGCUUGUCAUGGAGGGCUACAAGGAGAUGUUCUCGGGCUCGUUGGUCACGGUGUGGUCGGCGCCCAACUACUGCUACCGCUGCGGCAACGUGGCGUCCAUUCUCACCAUCAACGAUCUGUUGGAGCGGGAGUACAAGGUGUUUGAGGCCGUGCACCAGGACGCGAGCCUUGUGCCGUCGAAGAAGCCGGCCGUGGACUACUUUAUCUAG